AUGAUCACCAUACGAUAUUCUGUACUCAUAGUUUUCAUCUUGUCUUUGAUUGGAGCAAGCUAUUUAGGGUUUUCCCUGAUCAACCUCACCCACGACAAACUCAUACACUUUGCCACGUUUUUUAUCCUCACUACUGAAUUCUUUUUCAUCUUUCGGACCAGAUCAUUAAAACAACUAAGCUACCUUACGUUCGUGGUAUGCAGCCUAUGUGGUGGUAUCGGACUGGAGUUUCUACAACACAUGGUCAAUAUGAAGAGGGUGUUUGAUCCAAUGGAUAUAUUGUGCAAUCUCGCAGGGAGCAUUUUUGGUUUGUCUUUAUCGAUAGUUUACCAAAGUUAUGGUGAAGGAAUAAAAAAGACGCAACCAGUCGAGAUUGAAUUGAUUUGA